AUGGCUCAAUCUUACUCAGAGAAGCUAGAGGAGGAAGACAUUCGGAUAAAUUGGACAGAAGCACAGGACUUCUGCCGGGAGAACUAUUCUGAUCUUGUCACUUUGUACAAUCAGGAGGACUCUCAGCAGCUGACACAGUUAACAGCAUCUAAUAGCAGCUAUAAAGCCUGGAUAGGUCUCAAUCGCAAAGAGCACAGUCUGAAGUGGUCCAAUGGAGAUUAUGUUAAUGACACUUCAUGGUCACCACUUCCAAGUCCAUACACAGAGCCAAUGUGUGCAGCCAUAAUCACAAUACAACAUGGGAGAAUUAAGGAGGAAGUGAAGAACAAAGGGAUGAACAGCACUACUCCUUACUGGAUCGGCCUGCUGUAUGAUGACUGGGAGUGGGCUGAUGGAGGGAGAUCUGCCUACAGAGACUGGGUGUACAAUCCUAAUGCAGGACAGAUACACACUGUUCUUUACCAGCCUGAAAAAGGUAUAAUCACUUUGGGAAAUGAAGAUUAUGAAGAAUAUACAUUCUGCUCUGAAGGAUCAGUUCGCAUCCCCAUCAUCAGUGAAAUUAUGUCUUGGGAACAGGCUCUGGACUACUGCAAGAAGAACUACCAUGGACUGCUGUGUAUUGAGACAGCAGAAGACCUGGAAGCAAUCAAGCAGAAGUUCAAUGGGACUGAUUUUACUGGUCCUGUGUGGGUGGGUCUGAGACAGAGCUGUCUCUUUGGGUUCUGGAUCUGGACCAAUGGGCUGCCAGUGGGGUGGAGUAACUGGGAGCGAGACAGACAGCCUGAACAGCCUCCGUCCAACCAUUGUGGUGUCAUGGCAGCGGAUGAGGAAUAG